AUGCGUAGGCAAAAAGUAAAGAGUUGCUUGUUUUCUUUCUUUCUUACUUUCUUUCUUUCUUUCUUUUUAACAACACCUGUUUUGAAAAUUCCUCCUUCACAUGCGCUCCGAACUUUUUCUUUCUUUCUUUCAUUCUUUCUUUCUUUCUUUCUUUCUUUCUUUCAUUCUUUCUUUCUUUCUUUCUUUCUUUCAUUCUUUCUUUCAUUCUUUCUUUCUUUCUUUCUUCACUUCCAUUGUUCUUAUCGCUUCCUUCUUUCCUUCCUUCCUUCCUUCCUUCCUUCCUUCCUUCCUAUUCGUCUUUUACGACUCUUCUUUUUCUUGUGUUUCCGUUUAAGUCAGCUUCUUACUUACGUGUCUGCAAAAUGUAACAUGUUUCUAGAUACUUGGAGGCAGGUUUCCUCGCUUCUUGUCAGUCUCCGACUUCCCAGACACCUACUAACGAAUAAAGAUUUAGUUCAGUGUCCUUCCUCACACACAUCAACUCCCACGGAGGCCUGCCUUUGA